UAACAAACAGAGGAUCCUGCCUGAAACUUCUCCUCGUCGUUGGAAUUGCAGAAUGGAUAAUGGGUAUUUUCUCUCUGUGUGGCGUAAAUGCCUUUGUGUAUUCUUCUUCUUCAUCAUCAGUAUCAUCGGAUCGGAUCGGAUCAGGGUAAACAGAGGAGAAGAUAGAGAAGGCGAAGAAGAAGAAGAAGAAGAUGCACAGAUCGGCUAGCACAAGCAGGGCGUACGACGAAUACCUCAAGUACUAUUCAUCGCAGGAACUUCCCGUAUUUGAGCCUAUGUCAGAGGAAUCAUCGAAGAAAGGCAGAUCCCGCACUCGAUUCUCAGAUAACGCCAUUCAUCUCAUUCCCUUCCUCCUUCUCUUCUGUGCUCUCAUCCUCUGGUUUCUCUCUAAUCCUGACAUGGAUUUAGCGAUGAUGAAGGUGGAUGAUGAGGCAUCAGUGCGGCUUGUAGGAGAAUUGGACAGUGACACUGAUCAGACCGGCGCUUUAGCAGGCAUAGAUCUGGGCUUGGAAAACCUCCAUUCCACCAAACAAGAUGAUAAUAAUAACAGUGAUAAAGAAGCUUCUUCGUUUCCGAUGAACAACAAAUCAUAGAAAUAGGCGGCUAGACAGACGAUAAACUGCUUUCAAAAUUCAGACGGAGGAGGAGGAGCCUCUCUAAACUCUGUAUUUCAAUGUGUGUUUUUGUAAAUUUUACUUUUUUUUUUUGUUUUGUACAUGUUAUUAAAACAUUGUUGAUUAUGUAUUAUUAAAUAAGCUAAUUUCAACAUUUUGAUUUUU